UGUUGAGCUACAAACAUCCAGUACAAGUUUUUAAAUUUGGCGGCUGCAUCGUCGUUAGCAACACCGCCCACAACCGCAACCCCGGAAGAAAAUUCUAAACAGUUUGCGAUCAUAUGGAGCAGACAGAGAGGUUAGCCAAGUUGCUUUUGACCAACGUGGCGCUCUUGAACGUCUCCCUAAACAGCAUGGCGCCGCACUGAUAGCGAGCCUCACCCGGAUAACCACUGCUGGCGUCUAAAGUUCAUUUUAGGUGACAACAUAGGCAGCAGUCACUUGAUGUUUACCUGGGAAGAAACACAAACCAGCUCAGGGGAAUCCAGGUUGCUGGACUCUCCUGACUGAUGGGUGUGAACAAAGAGCGCUUGUCUGACUGUGGAGCUCACAAUCUUCUCCAGCUGCAGCCAGGAGACGAUCACAAUGGACCCGUCCGACCAGAAGCACUUCACGGUUGUAGACUAUGUGAUAUUUGCCGUCUUACUCGCCGCCUCCAUGGCCAUCGGACUCUACUACGCUCUGUCUGGAGGCCGUCAGCGAACCACGCAGGAGUUCCUGAUGGCAGACAGGAGCAUGGGGUGCCUUCCAGUUUCCCUGUCGCUCAUCGCCUCCUUCCAGUCGGCCGUGGCGAUCAUCGGCGUCCCAGCAGAGAUCUACACUCACGGUACUCAGUACUGGUUCAUCGGGUGCGCCUACAUUCUGGGCCUCAUCAUUCCAGCUCAUGUUUUCAUUCCAGUGUUGUACAGACUUCGCAUCUCCAGCGCUUAUCAGUACCUUGAGCUGCGCUUCAACAAAACAGUGCGCAUCUGUGGAACUUUGACCUUCAUCUUUCAAAUGGUUAUUUAUAUGGGAGUCUGUGUGUAUACUCCAGCUUUUGCACUAAACGCAGUAACUGGAUUUGAAUUGUGGGGAACAGUGCUGGCCACUGGACUAGUGUGCACAUUGUACACAACACUGGGUGGUUUGAAGGCUGUCAUCUGGACAGACGUCUUUCAGACGGUGGUGAUGUUUGCAGGGCAGCUGGCUGUCAUUGUGGUGGGAGUUCUGAGGACGGGAGGAGUGUCUGAAGUGUGGAGGAAAGUCUGGGAGGGAAACCGCAUUGCUGGUCUCGACCUGAACCCAGAUCCUACAGAGAGACACACCUUCUGGACUCUGGGCGUUGGAGGGAUCUUCCUCAUGUUGUCCCUGUAUGGAGUGAACCAGGCUCAGGUCCAAAGAUACCUCAGCUCACGUACAGAGAAAGAAGCUGUCAGGUCCUGCUACAUGGUGUUUCCCUCCCUGCAGCUCGCUCUGGCUCUCAGCUGUGUGAUGGGUCUGGUCAUGUUUGCACGAUACUGUGGAGAAGAUCACUCAGACAAGCUGGGAAGCUCCUCCAGGGAUGCAAUGGUGGUAUACUUUGUGAUGGACAUGCUGCAGGGUCUGCCCGGCCUGCCUGGACUGUUCGUUGCCUGUUUAUUCAGUGCAGCGCUCAGCACUAUCUCCUCUGCCUUCAACUCUUUGGCUACUGUGACGAUGGAGGAUCUCAUCAAACCACAUUUUCCCGCCAUGACAGAAGCCAGAGCAACUCUGCUGUCCAAAGCUUUAGCCAUGUCCUAUGGACUGCUGUGUCUGGCCAUGGCCUAUCUCACUCACCUCAUGGGGGAUUCAGUUUUACAGGUGGCUUUGAAAAUCUUUGGGAUGGUUGGUGGUCCUAUUCUCGGCCUGUUUUGCCUCGGGAUGUUCUUCCCCUGGGCCAACGCCAUCGGAGCGGUGGCUGGUCUGGGUGCAGGUCUGACUGUAUCUUUCUGGAUCGGCGUCGGCAGCAUCGUCACUCGUACCUCCGGCAUGAAACCGCUGCCGCCUGACUGCCGAGUCGCUCUGCUGUCAAACGACACGACUGCCGCCAUUCAGACGGCUCUCAGCAACGUCACGCUGAGCCGACCCUCCGGCCUGAAGAGGUUUUAUUCGCUGUCCUACAUGUGGUACAGCGGGUUCAACUGCUUCACAGUCAUUCUGAUUGGCCUCAUCAUUAGCUUUAUCACAGGCCCAAUGAAAGAAGAAGAUGUGACACCAGGAACAAUCUAUCCCUUGUUGGGGAAGCUGCUUUGUUUUCUACCUGAACACCUCAAAAAGAAGCUCUGCUGUGUGACUCCUCUGGGACAGACGCUCGCACCUCCACAAAGGUCGUCUCCUCCACAACACAAAGAAAGUAACGGACUGGUCGGAGCGUCACAAGAAGAGAUGGAGAGUUUUCUUCCUGAAGCUCCUUUUGUCGAGUAUGAAACAGCCGUUUGACGUCUUUCACGUGAGGCUGGAAAUCGUCUCCACACAAAGCGCACUCACUUAAAAUAUACGUGUUUUUUUUUACUUUGGUGCCUUUGUUUUGUGACGCACCAAAAGGUCAAUGGUCAUGUUUUUUUUUGCUUUUCAUGUCAUCAAGAAAGGACUUGCAGCUGAGUCUGUUUAUCACAGAGAGACACGACUGAUCGUGUUAUUUGUCGCUGACAUUCAGUUGGUGACUUGCUUCAUUUUUCAUUACACGUGACAUCACUGCACUAUUCUGCUAUAUGACAAUAACUAGAUGUCCAGUGAGCUUCUUAUGUUGCAGAAAGCUGCAACAGAAUCCGUCUUUUCAGAUUUCAAGCUCUGCACUUGUUGUUGAUCCACAGUUUAUCAGAAAAUCAGCGUCCUGUUAGGAUCUACUGGGAGCUGAAUGUGUGUUUUAGCUGUUGAGAUCUUCACCUAAUCAGCUGCCAGGUAUUCUUUUGAUAAGGUCUUCCCUUUUUCCAAACGGUUUACAGCCACGACUUCUCAGAGUAAGAGUCUUGCAUGUCAGGUUAAUAAGCUUUACAGCCAGAAGACAUGUUUUCUAUCCUUAGUUUCUGUAUACUUGACUAUUGUUAGCACUACUGCAGCUUUGCCAGGAGUCCUGUGACGUGACAGCGCCUUACAGUUUAAGAAUGUAUUAGUGAAUUUUGAUUGUAAAAACCUUUUUCUAAAGGGGAUUAAAUAUUUUGUAGUUAAA